ACUUAUUAAAUAGGUUGUAAUUAUGUAUUUAGCUGUAGAAAUAGCUUAGCUUCCCGUCUGCUUCAUCAUUAAGCUCAAGGUCACAGACAAUAUGCAGUUUGACAUUCGAAGGUUCGAUAUCUACCGCAAGGUUCCGAAAGAUCUAACGCAGCCAACAUACAUUGGAGCAUGCAUAUCUGUAUCGAGCAUGGCGCUCAUAGCUUUCCUGUUCACAUCAGAACUCAUAGCCUUCCUUAGUCCAGAAAUAGAGAGCGUCCUGUACGUAGACGAUCCUGGAGAACAGGAGCAGAUCCCAGUCUUCUUAGACAUAUCUCUACCAGAACUGCACUGUGACGUUCUGGGCAUAGACAUCCAGGACGAAAUGGGCAGACAUGAAGUAGGCAACUUCGAGAACAUGAAGAAACUCAAGUUGGGUCCAGAUGGAAGAGGGUGUAGAUUAGAGGCCUCGUUCAAGAUCAACAAAGUUUCUGGUAAUUUCCACGUGUCAACACAUGCGAGGAGCCAACAGGCAGGCAAGAAUGUUAACUUCAAACACCAGCUGCACAACCUCAUCUUUGGAGAGUCAAUACUUUCUAAUAUCUCGAAGCAUUACGGGCUCAAAGACACUUCUUUUACGCCAUUAAAUGGACUGGAUCAUACAAAAGGGACUUUUUCAGGGAAGGAGACUUUCGAAUACCACUUGAAGAUUGUGCCAACAGUGUAUUCACAUGGACAGGGAACUAACAGCGAAUUGCAUGGGUACCAGUUCACAGCACUCAAAAAGAUCUUCGAGACAAAUGCGCACGGGAUGCGGAUAAUGCCAGCCAUCUGGUUCAAGUACCAACUCACACCCAUCACAGUCAAGUACGCCCUCAGAGCCAAGCCAUUCUACCACUUUCUAACCACCGUCUGUGCAAUAGUGGGAGGCACAUUCACAGUAGCAGGCAUCAUUGACUCAUGUUUGUUCACGGCACAUGAGGUGUUCAAGAAGAUAGAGAUGGGAAAAUUGAGUUGAAAACAUGACCUGCCUUGAGAUCAGUCGAAGAAAUGGAUAAUCGUAUUUAAUUGUGAAUUAUACGAUCUGUUCACAAAAAAAACGUUGAAUGGAGUGACAAAGUUUUACGAGCAGUUGACUUUUUAUGAAAACCAGAUAUAAUGAACCGCUUGUGAAAAAAAAACUAUUUGAAAAUGAAUUUUUGAAAAAAUGAACCGCUUUUGAGAAAAAAAAGUUACACAUAAAUACAAAUUAAGCCAAUUGAAUUGAGAUUUAUGAAGUAUAAAUUUAGAAAUUGAUUAAUUAUCAUGGUUUUGUGGUUGAUAUUAUUUGUAAAUGUUGCUUCCAGCCCUUAUGAUUUUGUGUUUCAUCAUUGUACUGUAUUCCUUAAUUAUUCCGUAGCCAGCAUAGUAAUCAACUAUGCAAUUUUACCAUCCGUGUGCCUUGCGAAGUAAGUAAUUGUAAUUUGUAUGUAUAUUAAUGUGUAUAUUAAUUGGUUCCUAAAACGGUUUACGUUCGUUGAUCUUUGCAAGUAACAAUUUUGUUCAAUUU